AUGAUGUCUGACAGAAGGAGCCAUGGAAGCGGUCAUCGUCGAAGUGGCCAUGCUGCAAGCCGUGCUACCGGGAGUGGGAGCAAUAACAAUCGGCCUCCCACAAGCUCCACAACCGCCAGUGUUCGUGAGCGACGAUCUAUAUACGACAAAUACGAGCAGGGUCCUUCCCCAUCCGGUUCCCAGCAGGACACGGCCUCCAGAAGGGCGCACUCGGGAGGAGGAUCUGGUGCUGGCGGGCACUCACAGCAAGACGACGCGCUGUAUUUUCUUCCGGGGAGCGUCGUCAACUCGUCGAAGUCAUCAUCCCGUCACCAAACCAGCUUGGAGCAGCACCAAGGACAGGCGGGCCCUAGCUCGAUGCAGCACCAGCAGUCGGUGCUUCCCAGCCAGCGCAGCUGGGAGGGGAAUUAUCAGAGAACAAUUGGCGUCUCUGGGGCAUACGCUAUGCAAGAGGGAGGAGAUCAGCCCCCCAUAGUAUAUGAUGAGACUUCGAAAUCUGCUCAAAGGAAGAAUUCGAAGAACCCUUUCAAAAAGGUUUAUAUCAAGUCGAAGGAAAAGAUUGAGCAGAAGUUGCGUCGUAAGAAGUAA